AUGGGAAGCAAUUGUGCUACCUGUUAAAAUUGCUAAAAAAAGGAGGAAAUACUAAUUAGUGAAGUAUAACAAUAAUCGAAUCCACAAAUGAAUUAAUACUCACAAUAACCAAAUGAGGAAGAAGAAGAGGAUCGUAUUUUGAUUUUAACAAUAAUUUAAAGACCUUGAAGAAAAGAAUCAGGAUGGUUAAAAUCAGAUUGUAUAGUAAUAUUUAAAUUUGGAUCAACCUAAAAAAAAUGAUGUUAAUGUCUAUGCAGAACCAACUAGAGCAUAACAAGUAGAUACUCCAUAAGUUCAAGUGAUCAUGACUAAUGGUAUUUAUGAAAACAAUUGUAUAAAUAAGAGUCAAAUGCAGAUAGCAAAAAGAGAAAGAACGAAAUGAUGUUAAGAAAUUAGGAAGAUUUAAAUGAUGUAUAACUUCUUAAGUCUGAGAAUACAGUUAGAGAGAAGAGACCUCGUCAUUAAUUUAAAGUAGAAAAGUGUUGAAAAUAUUAAUUUUAUAGAGUGGAGCAUAUUAUGAAGGAGAAUGGGUUGGAUAAAAUAGAGAUGGAUAUGGAAUUUAAAUUUGGAGUGAUGGAGCAAAAUAUGAAGGAGAGUGGAAAAAUAAUAGAGCUAAUGGAAGGGGGAAAUUCUGGCAUAUAGAUGGAGAUUAUUUUGAAGGAGAUUGGAAAGAUGAUAAAGCAUGUGGGAAAGGUCUUUAUAUGCAUACAAAUGGUGCAUAGUAUGAAGGAGAUUGGAUGGAUGAUUUAUAACAUGGUUUUGGAGUUGAAACUUGGGCUGAUCAAGCAAGAUUUGAAGGAAUAUAUUAACAUGGAAAAAAAGAAGGAUUUGGGAAGUAUUACUGGGGAGAUGGAUCAAUUUAUAUUGGAAAUUGGAGUGAAAAUAAGUUAUGUGGUUUUGGUGUGUAUACUUGGCCUGAUGGAAGGGUAAUGAAAUUUAUUUAAUUUAGAGAUACGAAGGAUAAUGGGCUAAUAAUUAGAUGAAUGGACGUGGAAUCUAUUAUUGGAAAGAUGGAAGAUGUUAUGAGGGAUAGUAUGUAAAUGAUAAGAAACAUGGUUAUGGAAUAUACACAUGGCCAGAUGGAAGGGUAUGAAUAUUUAUGGAGUCUUAUUAGAAAUAUGAAGGUUAUUGGUCUAACGGUAAAUAAUAAGGGAAAGGAAGAUACAUAUUACCUAAUGGAAAGAGUUAGUUAGGAUUAUGGGAGAAUGGCAAAAGGAUCAAAUGGUUGGAUUAAAGUGAACAGAGUUUAGAUUUGAAACCAAAAGAUUGGAAUUCUUAUGUUUAACCUUCUUUGGGAGAAACAUAAUUAUGA